CCCUAGGAAGCACGGCGAAGGCCUGCUUUCGUAAUCCUUGCGGGUAUACAGUGCUAUCCACACACAGCGCAGGUCCCCGGUAUGAACUCGGGCAGAGUCGGUUGAUGGUGGUUGCGUGGGCCGGUCGCCUAUCGCCAACGCUUGCUGGCAAACCCCGAGUCUGCAUAGUCAUAUGUCAAGCCACAUACCAUUCUUUGACGAGUUUGCAGCGGCGGGCCAGGCCAACCGGCGCCAUGUGUAUGCAGGGCAGGCGCUGCAGGCCUUGCUUCCUUCAGCGACCUGCAGUAUACGUGUUACCAAUACUUACUCAGCUGGACUAGCUGCCGAUCCACUGCAUCAUACCUAUCACGGCGAAGGCCAAAAGGGCCGGUCGCGCCAAACCCAGGCUUUUCAUGCCCCACGGUCGCGGUGCCCCUAGCCCAACAUAUCAUGAAGACGUUUUCUAGCAGGAGACGCCCGAGCUCCGUCACCAGCAGCGGAUCACCGGGGUCGUCUCCGCCCGAGGUGCCCCUGUCUGCUGGGCGCGGCGCAAGCAAUAGAUCGCCACCGCUGCGGGCGUCCGCCGCGGCCGCGGCUGCCUGGGGGUCCCUACCAGAUGGCGUCCUGGAACUCGUCUCGGUCUCGCUACAAGACGCAGACAGGCUGCGUUGCAGUCUGGCGUGCCGCGGCUGGCGGCACGCCUUUCGCUGCGCGGUGACCGGCGUCAGCGCCAACCUGGAAGCCAUGCCGCGCGCGGCGCAGCGGCAGCUGGCCACCCUCGACGCGGCGUUCCCCUCCGCGACGACGUGCAGGCUGGUGUUCCCCAAGUACCUGCUGCCGCCAUCCGACCCACAUGGGCUGGGCGCCUUCCGCAGCCACUACCGCGCGCCGCUGCUUGGGUCGGCCCCGACUGCGGCCGACCCAGAUGGCGCCAGCGGCCGCUCCCGGGGGGUAGGCACCAGCAGCGGCCACGGGAGCAGCGGAGCAGGGACAGGUGCCGGCACGCUGGCCGCACGGCAUGGGGCCGAAGUGGGUCGGCUGUGUGCGGUCACGGAGCUUGAGCUUGACCUGGGUGUGGCGGGUUACACGGUGCUGGUGCUGCACAGCUACUUCCACCUGCCGGCCUUGACACGCCUCACGCUCCGCGGCUUCUCGCCAGCUGCGGAACAGGCCGCGGUGGCAGCCCUGUCGGGGGAGCAGGGCGGCGGCACCGGUGGAGGCCAAGGUUCCUGCCAGGGCGAGGGCCAGGGUCCAGGGCUUGCGGCGGCGCCGCCGCUGCCUGCGCUGACGCUGCGCGGCUUCCCGCAGCUGCAGGCGCUGACACUGAGCGGCACGCUAUCGUACCGGGACAUCUUUGAUGUGCCUCGGGUGACAUCGCUGCGCAGCCUCACGCUGGAAGGCCGGGCGGCGGUUGGGCACACCGAGGGCUACGUGUACCUGGCAGCCCUGCGCAGGCUGUCCUCGCUCUGCCGCCUGCAGCACCUAGCCCUACUAGGCCCCGUGUUCACGUGCGCCCCCGGCGGAGGCCGCGGUGACGCCGACGUUGACCCUGAAGACGCCGAGCAGCUGGCUCUGGCGCCGGUGCUGCCCCGCCACGACGGCGCCGCUGCCGUUGGGGGCCUGGCGGCUACGCUCACAUGCCUCAUCAGUUUGCAGCUGGCAACCCUGACGCCGGUGCUGGUUCGUGGCGAGGGUGAGGAGGAUGCGGUGGGCGGCGGCCAGCCGGCGGCGACGCCGCACCUGGUGCCCUGCAACUGGGCACGGCUGCCGCUGGAGGGGUUCACGGGGCUGCAGGAGUUGAGUCUGACGCAGCCGGGGCACCUGCCCAGCAGCUUCUGGGCGGGCCUGGCGUCGCUGCGGCAGCACGCGGCGCCGGCGGCAGGCGGCGGCGCCGGUGACAGUGACAAUGGCGGAGCUGGCAGCUGCUGGCGGCUGAGGGCGCUGUCGCUGGAUGUGGGGUCGUCGGGCAUUGUGGAUGAGCUGCCGUGCGGGGCCCUGCAGGGGAUGACACGGCUGCACCUCAGCGGCGUGCAGCUGGACGCGCUGUCGGUGCUGACUGCGGGUGCAGCGGCACGCGGCUGCCGCGGCUGCCUGGCUGACCUGGUGCUGGAGCUGCCGGCGGAGGGCUGCUGCGACCCAGGCCGCAGGCACAACGUCGCCACACUAGCAGCACUGGGCGCCCUCACGCGCCUGGAGCUGCGGACCUCCGCGCCCAGGGCUGGUGGCGCAGGAGGAGGAGCUGGAGGAGGGGGUGGAGGUGGCGGCGCCGCGGGUGCAGGGGGCACAGCAGGGGCCGCCGGCAAGGGGAGGGGCGGGCACGGCGGCGGCGGCGGCGAGCACCUGUUGCUGAAUGACUCAAGACUGCAGGCGCUAACGCGAGGGCUGCGGCGGCUGACAUCGCUCAGCUUCCGCGGCUCAAUGCCGCUGGGGGAUGACGAUGUGCGCUGGCUGGGCCGCAGCCUCACGGGCCUGACACGACUGGAGCUCGUGAAUGACGGCGGCGCCCCCGCAGUCGUAGGGUUGCAUCUCCUGCCCCAAGGGCUGCACGAGCUCAGCCUCUACUGUGUGGGGCUGGGGUUGCCGGGGCCUGCAGCAGACCAGCCAUCAGCAGGAGCGACAAUAGCUGGCGAAUUGUCCGCGUUGGCGGAGGCUGUAGCAGCGCCGCUGUUCUCGGGGCAGCAGCAGCAGCAGCUACUGCCGCGGUGCAGAGUGCUGCACCUUGACUACUGCAGCGGGGCACCUCUCUGGCGUGUGCUGGGGGCUAUGAUGGGCGCCCCGCCGGCAGCAACCAGCAAUAGUGGCAGUAGCACUACUGGCAACAACACCGGCACCCGCAGCAGCAGGAGGGGGUCAUCGCCGCCAGCGGUAGCCAGCUCUCCUGUUGCAAGCAGUGGGCUCGGCUGUGGUGUGGGCUGUGGUGGUGGGGCGAGUGCGGUGCUGGAAGAGCUGCGGCUGCAGGUGUCCAACGCCUCGGGGCUGUCCGUGUCUGACGCUGCGGCGGUGGCGUCCUUGCCGCGCCUGCGCAAGCUACAGGUGUCGUGCGGCGCCGGCGCGCUGCCCGACUUCACACUGACACGCAUGCUGACGCCGGGCGCCGACGGCUGUUGCGGCCGCCCCGGCCAGCUGGCCUGCCUGUCGCUGCGCCUGCCUGGCAGCCGCCUGGCUCUGGGGCAGCUGCAGGCGCUGCGGCGGCUGAGCGGCCUGCGAAGCCUGUAUCUGGACAUACUGCCGCCCGCGGAGGUGGCGCUGAUGGAUGCGGAGCUGCGGCACCUGACCGGGCUGCGGGCGCUGACGCUGGGGCCGUUGUACGGCCGGGGCUGCAGCCUGCAGCCGCACGUGCUGCCGGUGCUGGGGCGUCUGCAGGCGGUGCUGAGGACUUGCCGGCUGCAGCAGGCAGCAUCAGGCUGAGAAGAUGCCUGAGACUUUGGGGCUGACAGGGCGUGUUACCGGACAGAAGUUGCUGCAAAGGGCCUGCACCUACGACCUGCACCCGACAGCGAUGCAGCUGUGUUUUUGCUUCUGCUUGGAGCCGGUAAAAACAAUAAUUUGAGCGCUGAGGAUGAGGUGGCUGGCUUAGCUGCGCUGUGAUGAAGAGGCCUAACAGCCACUGUCACCCUACGGGUGGCGUUACGUCACCACAUGGCCGGAGCGCGUUGCCAGUGGGUGUUUGGUGAAUUGGUGGAGUGGGGAGAUACGGCAUGUUGGAGCCCCUCUCGGGUAUCAUGGCCGUAGCAUUCCCGCACUCCGGGGACAGCAUGACUGCGCUUGAGAGACCGGCCAUGUCAGUGUGCAAGUGUUGACCGUGGGGACGUGUGCCGACAUGUCCACGCCAUGAUGCGCAAAUUGUCCCUCCCACGCACGCUUUGCUUGUGCUUUCUACGGCAUAACGUGCACAUAUGAGCCUCGCGGCCUCGCCGUGCUGCGUUUGGCCCCUGCUUGUGGGGCGCUUCCUGAAAUCCGCCUGGAUGGGCUCCAGAAACCCGACGGACCCCCAGGGACGAGGACCGACCCCCCAACUUUGGUGGCCCAGAACUUCCU